CUACGAGUGCGAUAAAAAAUAAAUAGAGACAGUUUUAGUCCAAGAAAUCGAUCGAUUUUUGUAAGGUGAGUGUGGAGCUUCGCUUAUGAGGUGUGCAAUAAUGAAAGUUCAAUUCAUGUAUCUAACAUUUUUCGGAAUUUUUGGGCUUGCUCCCUUCAAGAUAAGAGUCACUAAAAAUCAUCGACUCAAAUUCUUCCGUUCAAAAAUUGGAAUCCUCUAUGUAGUUUUUUUGAUCCUCCUAAUCGUAGGACUCAGCUCUUUAUAUUUUUGGACUAUGCACUACACCCGAGUUCCUAAUGAGAGUUCAACCACUAGAAAGAUCAGAAUAUCUAUGAAAGUUGCUGGAGCAGUGACGAUAGUCAUAAUUUGGGCAAACUACUGUUUAAAGCACUCAAAAAUGAUCAAAACUGCUAACACCUUUAUGUUGAUGAACACCAAAAUGGUUUACACCAAUGAAAUCAACAAAUCUUGGAAGAAAUAUUCCGUAUUUUACAUUUUGGUCUUCUUGCACCUGAUUCUAAACGCUGGAAAUUUAUACACAAGUUAUCUGUCUUAUCAAGAAAGGUUUGACAUAAGAAUGUUGACCAAUGUCUUCGACUUUGUCAUCUGCUUGCAUAUCUUGCAAUAUGCUAUAAUUUUGGGAAUCAUUAGGAUAAAAUUCGAGGAAUUGCGCUUGAAACUUUCAGAGCUAUCAAAUGAUUACGGAAUUGAAAGAUAUGUCACUUUUGUGACUGUCAAAAAAAAUAACACUACUUUGUUAAAGGUUUCGACAAUUCGUCAAGGUUAUGCCGUUCUUUUGGACGUUUGUGAUGAUGUUUCAAAAUUUUACGGAAGUUCUAUUCUUUUUUCGUUGACCUACGCCUUUGGAGUUACUGUCUACUAUUCAUACUAUGCUUUGACGCACAGUAUGAUUUCAGCUGAAAAAUCUUGGAUUGAUACCAUCGAUGCUAUUUUACCACUUAUCAGCGUUGUUAUUGCAGUAACUGCCAUUUGCAUUCUAGCGAAUAAUGUAACUGAUCAGGUUUGUUACUUUUUCAAUUUUCACACCCCAAAAAUUAACAAUUUUUUUUUAUACAGAUGCUAAAAUUUCCAGAUGUUAUUAACAAGCUGUUGGAUGUCCGUUUUUUCCAGCGGGAAAUCAAAACAGAGUUAGAAAUUUUUUCAUAUCAAGUUUCACAUAAAAAAAUUAUGUUUCAAGCUUGUAGUUUGUUUUCAAUUGACUGUGGAUUAUUGCGAUCAAUAUUUAGCGUGACUGCAACAUAUCUCAUCCUUCUUCUACAAAUGCAAAGUACUAAAUAAUAAUAA